GUCCGCUCAUCUCCGCCAGCAUUCGCUGUCAAUGGCUUUCAGGACUUAUUUUAUUUGAAUGUCUGGGCUUUUAACACUUUCGUCCAAAGAAACCAAUAAUGGAUAUUCUAUGGAUUUUAUGGAUAAUACCCACCGUUAUAGCUGUAGAAGAGACACUAAUGGACUCCACCACAGCGACAGCUGAGUUGGGCUGGACAGUCUAUCCCGUGUCAGGGUCCAAUGACAACAGCUGGGAGGAGGUGAGUGGAUACGAUGAGAACAUGAACACCAUCCGCACCUACCAGGUGUGCAACGUGUUCGACAACAACCAGAACAACUGGGUCCGCACCAAGUACAUUUGGCGCCGGGGUGCACAGCGGAUCCACGUGGAAAUGAAGUUCUCCGUGCGAGACUGCAGCUCCAUCCCCAACGUGCCCGGCUCCUGUAAAGAGACUUUUAACCUGUACUACUAUGAGUCAGACUCGGACACGGCCAACAAGGUGUCCCCGCCAUGGAUGGAGAACCCCUGGAUCAAGGUGGACACCAUCGCGGCCGAUGAGAGCUUCUCCCAGGUCGACCUUGGCGGCCGGGUGAUGAAGAUCAACACAGAGGUGCGGAGCUUCGGCCCCGUGUCCAAACACGGAUUCUACCUGGCCUUCCAGGACUACGGCGGCUGCAUGUCCCUCAUCGCCGUGCGUGUCUUCUACAGGAAGUGUCCUCGCGUCAUCCAGAACGGAGCUGUGUUUCAGGAGACCCUGUCUGGGGCAGAGAGCACCUCUCUGGUGGCAGCGCGGGGUGUGUGUAUCUCCAACGGGGAGGAGGUGGACGUGCCCAUCAAACUGUACUGCAACGGGGAUGGGGAGUGGAUGGUGCCCAUCGGGCGCUGCAUGUGCAAGGCUGGCCACGAGGCUGUGGAGAACGGGACUGUGUGUAGAGCUUGUCCAUCGGGCUUCUUCAAGCCUAUACAGGGUGAUGUAUCCUGCAUGCAGUGUCCAAUCAACAGCCGCACCACCAACGAAGGAGCCACUAACUGUGUGUGCCGCAACGGUUACUAUCGCACUGACUCAGAUCCCUUCCAGAUGCCCUGCACAACGGUGCCGUCGGCUCCUCAGAACGUUCUGUCUAUCGUGAACGAGACGUCUCUGAUACUGGAGUGGCAGCCUCCUAGGGAGUCAGGUGGCCGUGAGGAUGUGGUCUUCAACAUCAUCUGUAAGAGCUGUGGAGGGGGCCGGGGAGGCUGCACGCGCUGUGGCGACAAUGUCCAGUUUGUACCCCGCCAGCUGGGUCUGACAGAGCCCCGUGUUUACAUCAGUGACCUGCUGGCGCACACACAGUACACCUUCGAGGUGCAGGCCGUCAAUGGGGUCUCCGAGCAGAGCCCCUACUCACCACAGUACUCCUCCGUCAACAUCACAACCAACCAGGCUGCUCCGUCGACAGUGUCCAUCAUGCACCAGAUCAGUCGUACUGUGGACAGCAUCACUCUGUCCUGGUCUCAACCAGACCAGCCCAAUGGAGUCAUUCUGGACUAUGAACUGCAGUACUAUGAGAAGGACCAGACAGAGUACAACUCAACCAUCAUAAAGAGCCAGACCAACACAGUGGUCAUCCGCGGUCUCAAACCAGGCGCGAUCUAUGUGUUCCUGGUUCGUGCCCGGACCGUGGCCGGAUUUGGCCGCUACAGCGGCAAGCUCUACUUCCAAACCAUGACUGAGGAGGAGUACAACACCAGCAUUCAGGAGAAGCUGCCUCUUAUCAUCGGCUCUGCAGCUGCAGGUCUGGUCUUCCUCAUCGCAGUGAUUGUCAUCGUCAUCGUCUGCAACCGGCGUGGCUUUGACCGAGCAGACUCAGAGUACACAGACAAGCUGCAGCACUACACCAGUGGCCACAUGACUCCAGGAAUGAAGAUAUAUAUCGAUCCGUUUACAUAUGAGGACCCCAACGAGGCGGUGAGGGAGUUUGCUAAGGAGAUUGACAUCUCUUUUGUAAAGAUUGAGCAAGUCAUUGGCGCAGGAGAGUUCGGGGAGGUGUGCAGUGGGAACCUGAGGCUCCCAGGCAAGAGGGAGAUGUUUGUGGCCAUCAAGACGCUGAAGUCGGGCUACACAGAGAAGCAGAGACGGGACUUCCUGUCUGAAGCGUCCAUCAUGGGUCAGUUUGACCACCCGAAUGUGAUCCACCUGGAGGGUGUGGUCACCAAGAGCGCCCCGGUCAUGAUCAUCACUGAGUUCAUGGAGAACGGAUCACUGGACUCCUUCCUCAGACAAAACGAUGGUCAGUUCACAGUGAUCCAGCUGGUGGGCAUGCUGCGUGGCAUCGCCUCUGGCAUGAAGUACCUGGCCGACAUGAACUACGUCCACCGCGACCUAGCCGCACGCAACAUCCUGGUCAACAGCAACUUGGUCUGCAAGGUGUCUGACUUCGGCCUGUCCCGUUUUCUGGAGGAUGACACGUCAGACCCCACCUACACCAGCGCCCUGGGAGGGAAGAUUCCUAUCCGAUGGACAGCCCCUGAAGCCAUCCAAUACAGGAAGUUCACAUCCGCCAGUGAUGUCUGGAGCUAUGGCAUCGUCAUGUGGGAAGUCAUGUCCUAUGGAGAGAGACCUUACUGGGACAUGACCAAUCAAGACGUGAUCAAUGCCAUAGAGCAGGACUACCGGCUGCCCCCUCCCAUGGACUGCCCUAGUGCCCUGCACCAGCUCAUGCUGGACUGCUGGCAGAAGGACCGUAACAACCGGCCCAAGUUCAGCCAGAUUGUCAACAACCUGGACAAGAUGAUCCGCAACCCCAACAGUCUGAAGGCCAUGACCCCUCUGUCAUCUGGUGUCCAUCUUCCUCUCCUGGACCGCAGUGUUCCAGACUUCUCCAGCUUCAGCACGGUGGACGAGUGGCUGGAUGCCAUCAAGAUGGGCCAGUACAAAGACAACUUUGCCAACGCUGACUUCACCAGCUUUGAUGUGGUUUCCCAGAUGACUAUGGAUGACAUCCUGAGUGUGAGUGUAACGUUAGCAGGCCACCAGAAGAAGAUCCUGAACAGUGUGCAGAUGAUGCGUGCCUCCAUGAACCAGAUCCAGUCUGUGGAAGUUUGACCAUCCAGAGUGGAGCGGAGGAGAGCAGAGCAGAGGAGAGGGGAUUGGGAUGCAGGACCCUGGGUGCACGGAUGGAGUGGAUAUGUUUUUGCUUGACCGUGAAUCUGGGUUUCCUACCAGACUACCGUCCAUCCCCGGUCCCCCCUUCCAAUCCCUCUCCUGUCCUCCUCUAUGCCCUCAUCCAAAGUCCCCCCAACCUUCGGGAUCAGCUUUGGAAGGUUGUGGCCAGCAUGUCUAAAUGACCAGACGUCAAUCAACGUGGCUCACAACCGUCCAUCUUGGAACCAGGAUCAUGAGAGGUUACUGACCAGAGACAUAUUUCUACUACCAUCUUCCACCCAUGUUUUUUAUUUUAUUUACGUUGAACUUUUAUGUUUGUUUUAAGAAUUUUGUAAAGAAUUUUGUAAAGAAAAAAAAGUUAAGAACUCUAGGAGUCUAUAGAUGGUAUACAAUUGUAAGCUAGGUGAAAUGACUAGAAAGGCUACCCUUUACAAAGGGCCACAGACAAGAAGACAAUGAAAACUGGGUGAUUUAAGACCAACACUCUCGAAAUUAAUCUGAUAUAUUCUUUGUAAACUAGGUGAACUGACUUCAGAAACAGAAACGCAACAUAAAUAUUUGCUGCCUCCCUGAAGGCAAACAGCAGAAGAGACUGAGGAACUUGAUCUAUUCCCCUGUCGUUGAUUUGGGACGUAAUAUAAGUGUGAGCACCAUGAAAUGGACCUGGCAGAAACUACUGACAUGAACAAAUUAAAGACAUUCAGUUAUCUACCAAUUCAAAAGUAAAGAAAUGUAAACAAAAAUACAUUUUCUCAUAUCAAGUAAUUUCCUUUUCUGUGUGAAAAUUGUGAUGAAGAUUUUCUCUCACCAUGCUUCCUCUCACCGUGGGAAAAUUGAUAUUUUUUCAAUAUUAACAUAACCUGCCAAAUGGAACAUCGUCCCUGUGUACCUCAGAUGAUGUCAUGACGAUGUCAUGAUGACGUCAUGAUCCUGUACACAUCAGAUGCACAUGACAUUGGGACUGUGAUGUGAUCACUAUGAGCCGGACAUAGUUACUAAUACCUGGAAGUGAUGGAUUUGCAUUUUUCUUAGGGUGACUAUAGGGAGGUUUUUAUCUGUUGUUAUUAUUAUUCAAUUUUUGGGGCAAAAUGUUAGUUGUGGAUUUUGAAGAAUCAGUGUCAUAAGCAGCAAACAUACAGUACUUCCUCCAUGGAUGUAUAGUGUUUACGUAGAAGGAGUGCACAUAUGUUUUGGUCCUCACAUUGUCUUGAGGUUUCCCUGUGUUUUCAGCUUCACCGUGUGCAUGUGUGUGUGUGUCUGCGUACGUGCCUGGUAGACGGGUGUAUAUGUGUGUUUGUGUAUGCGUGCGUGUUGCUAAAUGUGCUCUGUGGCACAAAGCAACGGCUCCCAAAGCUGAGCGGGUAGUGUUUGAUAGCAUGCUGAGUUAAUGAUUGAUUUCACAGAGCUUUGAUUUGUUACACUUUACAAAAUAUAAUGCGCUUACAUUAUAUUUAGCUUUUUUCUUCCAGAUUGUUUUCCUUUUAAAAUAAUUUUAUAUUGAAGUGUUAGGGUUUUAACACCACUGGUGGUUAUCUCACAUUGGUAUGGUCACGGACAAAUCUUUUCACAACAGGGCAGUAACAUUAGCAUGGGAUAGUGGAUUAUUUUACGCAUAUUUUUAUUAUUAUUAUUGUACAUCGUGGAUGAUUGACAGCUUUUCCAAGUAGUCUCUUGGCAGGAUAUGUGAAUGCAGAUCAUACUGGACAAUGGACUUCAAACCCGAUGACUAUCUGGAUCUUCCAUGCUCUUUUGGAAUUUUAGGAAAUCAUUAUUAUGUUGGUGCUCACAAAUUGUAGAUAACUGGAGUCCUUGAGACUUCUAUUUUCAUUUUAUAGAUACGUAUUGCAUUUACUGUAUGGCUUCUGUGAAAAACUGCCUGAUGAACGGAGAGCUGUCUAUCAUUGUCUUUGUUGUUGUGGCCGAUGUGUUGUUUGAGGGGUUAGGGAGCCUGAUGGGUCUGUGCUAGUUAAAAUCCAUGGAUUCCCCAGAGAUGGUAAAACACAGAGUUUACAUCACUACUGCAGAGCUCCUAAUGGGCAGAUCCACUGAGACAGGCCUAGUACUCAAUACAGACUGAUGAGCCAGACAUGGAGCUCCAGCUGGUCAGACAUGUCCAUUCCUAGUGGGAGUCCACUGCCUGAUCACAGCCCCACUGGCCAGACAGUGGUUCCCUCCAUCUCUCCUCAGAGCUAAACACAUGCCUCAGAUCUAUCACUCUUCUCCUCCCACUGUUCUCUGUGCUCUGCUUUUUCAGAUCCAUUGCUUUGUGACUCUGCAUGUUGUCAUGUUGACAGACCAGACUGCAUUUAUGUAGAUAACACACAACCUGUGGGCCCCAUAUUGGUUUCACAGCAGGUGGCUAUGUAAGCAGAGGUUCUUCCACAAAAGGUCAUCCUUCCAUAUACAUCAUCAGGUGUCCGCUGUCCGUUUUAAGGCACUUUGCUGUCUGAGCAGAACAGGAGAGGUGUCCUAUGUAGGCCAUAGCAUUAGACCCUUAAACACAGAAUGCGUGAAAUCCUGCCUUUGCUCUCGUCUGUCAGUUAGUCCCCAUUUCAUUCCACCCACUAACCCACAUAGCCGUCCAGAGUCUUAAUAAACGUGGGCAGGAGCAUUGAGGUUUUGAUCCAGCUUCUGUAAUAUCAUCCUCCCUUUAGUUUUCCGUCAACAUUUCUGUGCGUCACCAUGCAUAUUCCAGUGCAGACUCCAUGACAGAUGAAACAGCAGGAAGUGCAUCACUCUAUUAGUCACUGCCCAGAGUAAAAGGGGCAGCGAUUCUGUGACCCAACUGUCACUGAUGUGCAGUUUCCUUUCAAAAAGAGCUCAAAAAGUACUUUCUUCCUUUCCAUUGCACAACACUUUAAUAUUUAAGGGCACCUCAGUGAUAUUCAGUUAAGCCCAGGCAGCCUGAGUCAGUCUUCCCAAGAUAUAGACAGAUAUCCCACUGUCAGAACAAGAAGUGGCAAUUUAUGUUCAAGAAAGCAGGCCCUGCAGCACAGCACUAGUAUUUGUGCUGAAGACGGUGAUAAUCAUAGGAAGGUGAUUAAGGUGAUUAUCAAGUGAUUAAAAGAGCGGUGUGUAAACAAAGUGUGCUUCCACAUGUGACGUUCAAUCAAAAUACAUUACUAGGACAUGUUGUUAGGAUGAGAUGAACUAAAACAUUCAGCAAUGGUGGACUCGUAUUUAGAGUGAUAGGAACAUGAAUAUAGGUAGUAAUAAAGUGGUUUUCUUUUAUUGCAUCGCUCUUGGAAGCGUAAGGAGUUGAGUCAACACAUGUUUAUUGGUUGCACAGUGUGGGGCCAUGGUGACUGCUGACAGCACUGUGUAAUGUAUUUAUUUAUUCUGCCUCUGAACCUAAUGGCACAAAGAAACCCUGUUUAUAUACCGAUAGUUCAUCCAGAGCUAUCUUUUGCUAUUGGCUGCAAUAAAAGCUGUCAUCCCUCUUUCUUUUAUUUUUAAGACAUUGAUAGCCUCCUUUUAAGAACAGUGCAGCUCAGUGGUACUGUUUCAUAGCCCAGCCCUUCUGAUAAAACCCCUUGGCACAGUCUUGGCCUGUUAUAAUGGACCUAUAGUAAGUGAUUGAUCAAUCUGGUGUGAUUAUGAUGGGUUUAGUUCAGAAUAGAUUAUUCCCACAUUGUAAAGUUUUUUAGACUUUGCUGUGUGAAUCCAUGAUGGUCAUUAUCUCACUGGAUAGUUCUCUCUGGUGUACAAUGCAAUUGUUUAAAGCACCACCCUAAGUACUGUAAAUGGGUUACUUUAUACAUAGAUGGCAUCAAGGACAUUUUUGCAUUGGUGAGAUUUUGCAGCUCGUUGAAGACGAGUAUAAGCUAAAAUAGAAUAAAAACCACACAGCUUUUUGUUGAAUGAUAGUGUUUCUUUUCCUCCCCCAAGACCACUGAAAUAACAGGCAUUUUAAAGACAGUAAAUGUACACUUCUUCAAAGCACUUAUCAGUGUUUCUAUGUUUUCAUUUUUCAUGAGGAAGAAAAUGUCUCAAACGUCUGCUCCGUUUAUAUAAAAACAAAAAAAAGACUAAAUAUAACAUUUGGCUACCAUCGUUGCAUAUUAUUUAACAGUGCAGGGCAUCUACUUUGUUCUCUCCCUUUUCAAUGUCCAGGCUCAUGAGACAGAUGGAGGAAUGAUGUCUAAAGUGCAUAAUAAUGAUAUAAUAGCAUUGAGACCAGAAUACAUAUGUUUGUUACAGUAAGGGUCUUUAUUUGGAAUCUCAGAUAACUUGCUGUAUCACAGAACUCUGUCCUCUGCUGUUUUGUACAUCUAAAACUCUCGUCUUUGUUUCAAUGGCUUGUAUCUGCAGAUACUGUUGAUGUUUUACUGUCAAUGUCAUGAUAAGUAAUACAUAACAAUCCACCCUCUUUUAUUUAUGAAUCAAAACAAAACCAAUGUAUCUGAGAUGUUGAUUCAAUGCACUGUGGACGCAAAGAACAAUUUCCAUUCUGUGUUCCAAUUUUUUAAGGACGGAUGGAAACCGUUAUGUCUCAGUGUUAGAAUGACAUGACAGUGUGCAUAAACACAAGCUGUGCCUGCUCGUACUCGUUGGUCUGUGUUUGUGCACCAUCCAAACAUGUCUCGAGCAGCAGUCUGCCUGCCUGUCUUUGUGGCAGUCAGUUCAGUGUGUAUAGAAAAUGGCUCCUGUGGAUAUCUUUUACGUAAAGCGUUAGAGCUCCCUCUGCUGACACAGUGGCUAAUAGCAGUCUAGUUGUGACAAAUGUCCUUAUGUUCCUUGCGUUGUCUUAUCCCCCCACUUCCCCCUUCCACCCCUAUCUCCCCACCUCUCUGGCUGUUGGUGAAGACAGGCUGGGGAUGGCCCUGUCUCUCUUGGCCUGUUGUAGCCCUCGUAGACCAGUGCCGGCCCUGACCACUGUGACUGAUGUGGGAGGUCCUGUAUUUCUGUAUAAAUGUACAUUGACUGUAAUCCUGUGAAUGAUGUAACAAUUUCAUUAUUUGUAAUAUUGUUAUUGGUUUUAUUUUCUAAAAUGGAAAGCCCAACUCGACUCUCCUCAAUAAAAAAUGAGAUCUGUUAUACCACUC